UAUCACUGUCACACCCCCUUUUUUCUUUGAGCACUGCAGACCUCAGCCGAGUCAGAUACACUGAGAAGCUGGUUUCAGGAGCACAAACUCCCCCAGAGACGGAAAGAAACUGGCUUUUUACACAUUCCCACCAUUCUACCAUUUACAUCAGGAGAACUGAAUGUGAGGCGGCGGGUGCGGACCGAUAAAACUCCGACCGUUUGAGCACAGCAAUGUCCAGGUCGACAAGAUCCAUGUCGAGAUCUCGGAGCCGUUCAAGGUCCCGGUCAAGGUCCCGCUCGUCAUCACAGUCCAGAAGUCGUUCCCGGUCCAGGAAGCACCGAUACAGCUCUAGGUCUCGGUCAAGAUCUCAUUCUCCAUUUCACAACCGGGAGAAGAAAUAUCCAAGGGCGUACCAGAACAACAGAGAGUUCAGAGGGUAUCACCGUGGCUUUCGGAGGCCCUACAAUUUUAGGGGCCGAGGAAGGGGCCACUUUAACCGUGGACGCUACCACCGUGGGGGUGGUGGCUACAACAACAAUAACUUUCGUCCGAACUGGAAAAAUUUCAAGCAGUACCCUCAAAAACAGCAGCAGUAUCAACAGCAGUAUCAACAGCAGCAGCAGCAGCAACAGCAGUUAAAUCAUUCAAGAGGGCGAUCACACAAUGUGCAAAAACGCUCAGGAAGUCCCCCUCAUGGUCACUCUCAGCAAUCUGACAGAUCGUCCUCUCCCUUGUCCAGACACUCACAGCAUUCUUCUUCCUCGUCACACUCCUCCUCUCCGAAAAGCAAGGCAGCCUCGCUGCUGAAUAAUCAAAACACCAAAGAUGUCAAGGAGAAGCAUCUGACUUCCAAGGAAGUCCAAAAAGGAGGAGGGGGAGAUGACGAGCCACUGGAGCAUGUUGGGUUAUUGGCAGGAGAUGCUAGAGAAGGUUCAGGUUGUGGGAAAGCUGGGAGGACCUGGCACAGCCUGACAGACUGCAGUAGUCCAAAGAAAAGCAGUGCCCCUGUCAACACUGAAGCUAAUGUUGGACAAAGCAACCAAACUGUUAAUCAGUCAAGUCCCAUCAAAAUCACAAAUGACACCAGGAAUGGCUCUCCUAUGAUGGAGGUGGCAUCAGGUUCCUCCUCAGUCAGAAAGGCCUCUAAUGAUGGUCUGAAUCCCAUGCUCUCCAGCUUUGACUUCUUCACCACUGAGGAAUACCUGGAUGGAGAUAAAGCAGCCCUCUCCAUUGCUUUUAAGAAGUUUUUGGAGGAGCACACCAAAAAAGCUAAAUCUGCUUGGGAAAAUGGCAAAAUCAAAGAAGCCAGUGAUGUGGAAAAUGAAAAAGGAAAAUCGAAUGGGAAAGCUUCAGUAGUUACCUCUGACACUUUCCCAAAACAACGCCAGGAGGACACUGACAGGGAGAUGUCCCUGAGAACUUUUUUGAAGGCCUCCCCAUUUUUGUCUGCUGAGUUGGAAGAUGAGGAUGAUGAGAUGAUCAUUAAGCCACCUUUAAAAUCACUCCAGAAAGAGUGGCAAAAUGGAGAUGAGGCUUCAAAGCCAAAGAGCAAGGCCACUCAUUCAGCUCAAAAAUUAUUUGAAAGGUGGCAAAAUGCAGCUUGUGCACAGUUUGGGCAAACAGGGGUUGAUGCCAUGGUAAGGGAGAUGUAUCUCAGUGGAAAACUGGAUAAAUCAGAAGCCACUGCUGCUGCACUUGGUAAAAGGGAGCCAGCAGGAGAUUUCAAGGACCUGUCUUCAGAAAUGAGCUUUAAAAUAAGGAAGACAGCCAAAUCUCCCUCUUUUCAGUGUCUUGAAACACCACUGAGGCAAAAUUCUGACAGAGAGUUGUUUAUGGUCAGAGGAGAGGACAAGCCUCUUACGUUAAAAAAACAGGAACCAAAGUGCAAUGUAAGAAUGGAUUUUCUAAGAGAUGACCUUAUAAGCUCUUCAGAUAUUUUAGCUGAAGAGCGGCAGUUGUCUCAGGACUUGGUGCAGUCAUCGAAAAAGCAUCAGGAGUUUCGCUCCAUCUUUCAACAUGUUCAGGCUACUCAGUCACAGAGAAGCCCAUCUGAGCUGUUUGCUCAACACAUUGUCACCAUUGUUCACCACAUCAAGGCCCAGCACUUUCCGUCUUCUGGCAUGACUCUAAACGAGCGAUUCACCUUGUACCAAAGGCAAGCAGCAGAGAAGGAAAUGAUGAAGCCAAGAAAAAGCCCAGAGAUACACAGGCGGAUUGAUGUUUCACCAAGUGCUUUUAAGAAACACCCUCAGCUUUUCGAGGCGAUGAAAAGCUCAGAGGAUGGGACUUACAAGGACGGUGGGGAAAAACUAAAGGGUGACCCAAUGGAUCUUCGUUUGGACAUAGAGCGUCGUAAAAAAUAUUCCAUGCAUGACAGAGUUACAGGAGAUUCCCAAGAUUUUGGUCAAGAGAAAUCAGAGAAAAAUUGCUCAAAAUACCACAAGAUAUCAAAAAAAAGUGUCAGGAAACGCUCUCGCUCCAGCUCAUCCUCCUCUUCCUCAUCCUCCAAUUGUCAGAAUGAUGAAGAUUUAAUGCAUGGGAAUUUAGAAUCUAAAGAUGAGAUCUUUAGCAAGGCACGGCUUGGGCAGAGGGAACCACCUGGAACAGUGGAAGUAGCACGGACACAAGAAGAAUUUAAAAUCCAAAUCCAAAGAAGAAACUGGAACAAAAGCAGCCAUCAGGAAAACAGCUCGCACAGCGACCAAGUGAACAUGGCAGUAAACACAAAAAAUGAAGACUGGAACUCAAAGUUCAGCCCCCAAAGCAAAACAUACUUUAUGCAUGAUGAGAGAGGCAAUGAAGCUACAUGGGUAGAAAACCAAGAGCAAGGUCGGGGAACCGUUCCUCCUGGAAGGACACGAUUCAUCAUCCGCAAACCCACUGGGAAUGCUUGUACAAUUAGUGGGAGAUGGGCUGUUAAUAAAGAGGCAGAUCAGGACCACAAAGUGGAACAAAUCAAUGGACAGUCUUGAACGAUGGAGAAAUCAGUAGAAGAUGAAUAAUCAAUGGUGUAGAAUCCAUUUAUGCAUCAGCUAGAAUGGAUUGAUGCUGAUUAAAAUAUUUUAAGACAGCAGAAUACCCUUCUUUCACUGUACAUUUAACGUCUCCUGUUUCAGGUUGCACUUUGACUAUUAGCACUGUUUAAGAAGGUUUCUUAUAAACAUUACGUUUAAAUUUCUAUUUUGUGAGUUCUUUCAUGCAGCCUUUUUAUUGCAACAUUUAAUUUCUCAUUCAGGCCAAUGAAAUCUUCAUUGCUUUUUUAUUGCUUGUACAAUUUAGUCAAAUUGUCUUUGUAAAAGCAGAAGUACAUGAUUUAGGAGGAAAUAUUACACUGCCAGUACUUUCAACAUAAUAAAAAAAACCAUCUUGUUUGCAAAUAACCAGAGAUGAACAUCAUGUGACCUUGAUCUGACAAUGGGACCAAACUGUGCAGGGUUAAAGCUUAAAAAGCACAGUAUCAAGGCAUAACAUCCAACCAAUGUUACACUUGUCUUUCUUGGAGUACUGAACAUUUAACAUGAGAAUAAUGGUUUCAAAUAUUUCUUUACAGUUUGUUUUGGUUGAUCUUAAACACUUGGGAUUUGCAAAAUAGGUAAAUUAAUUCCAGUUUAUUUAACUGGGAAGACUGGCUUUUUAAUAUGAUGGGAAUAGAGGAAAUAGUUUUUAUUACUUAAGUCUUUCAUAUAUUUCUAUGGUUUGUGAAUGUCUAUUGAAUCUAUAAUAUCCAGAUAUGUAAUUUGCGUGAACUUUGCUCACUUAAAUAUGAUAAAAGCAAGCAAAUUUGUCCUGUCUGUAGUUUGUAACAAACAAAAAAAGAUUCAGUGCUUGAAUGAAUGUAUUAGUUCUGUGGAUUGUGCCUUUUUAAAGUUUAGGAUAAAAUUCACUGGUCUUACAUGUAUGUUACAGGCCAACUGAUUUUAGAUGACAGUUUGACUGGUUAAGGUGUUUUUGUUAAAUAAUAUUACAGUUUUUUCUGGUUUUCAAUGUAGUUUUUUCCCCUCUGUGGUUCUAAAUUAAAGAGACUGAUUACCUAA